AGGAUGUCUCAAUCUAUUCUUGUGGCGUUUAUUUUAUUGCUUCAGAUAUGUUCGGGUCGGAAGAACGUUUUGUUCUUAAUUGCAGACGAUAUGCGGGCACAAAUUGGGGCAUAUGAAGGAAAACACUUUCCAGCUGUGGUGUCUCCAAAGAUGCAUACACCGAAUAUAGAUACUUUAGCUUCACGUAGCUUACUUUUGGAAAGAGCUUAUUGUCAGCUUGCAAUAUGUGCGCCAAGCAGAACCUCAUUUUUGACCGGGCGCAGACCGGAUACUACAAAUGUUUACGAGAUUGGGCCUUACUUCCGGGAUAUUGGACGAAAUUUUACAACACUACCUCAGCAUUUCAAAAUGAAUGACUAUUUAUCAGUAGGAAUGGGAAAAAUAUUUCAUGCAGAAAUAUCUUCCGGCUGGGAUGAUCCGAUUUCUUGGUCAGAACCAUACUUCCACGGCGUAGCAAACUUUGAGUCCUUUAAUUCAACUUGGGCUGCUGUUCCUGACCACCUUCUCAUAGAUAACCCUCUAAUAGACGAGCAAAUUGCCAACCAAGCAAUAAAAACUAUGCAACGACUUGCUCCAGAUGCAAAAUCGGGAAAACAACCAUUCUUCUUAGCCGUAGGUUUUCAGAAACCACAUUUGCCAUUUGUUUUUCCGGAAUAA